AUGGCCCCGGCUGCUGACAUGACUUCGGUGCCACUCGGUGUCAAAGUGGAGGACUCGGCCUUCGGUCCGCCGGCCGGAGCAGGCGGGGGCCCGGCGCCCAGCGCCGCCAUGGGCGCCGACGAGGAGGGCGCCAAGCCCAAAGCGUCCCCUUCAUUGCUGCCCUUCAGCGUGGAGGCCCUCAUGGCCGACCACAGGAAGCCGGGGGCCAAGGAGGGUGCCCUGACCGGGCCCGAGGGCGCGCCGGCAGCGGGGGGCUCAGCGCAGCCCCUGGGCGCCCGCGCGGGGUCCUUGGGCGCCCCGGACGCGCCCACCUCGCCGCGGCCCCUCGUCCCCUUCUCCGUGGGAGGACUCCUCAAGCUGCCCGAGGAGACGCUGGUCAAAGCCGAGAGCCCCGAGAAGCCGGAGAGGACCCCGUGGAUGCAGAGCGCUCGCUUCUCCCCGCCCCCGGCCAGGAGGCUGAGCCCCCCAGCCUGCACCCUGCGCAAACACAAGACCAACCGCAAGCCGCGGACGCCUUUCACCACCGCGCAACUGCUGGCGCUGGAGCGCAAGUUCCGCCAGAAGCAGUACCUGUCCAUUGCCGAGCGCGCCGAGUUCUCCAGCUCCCUCAGCCUCACCGAGACGCAGGUGAAGAUCUGGUUCCAGAAUCGCCGCGCCAAGGCCAAGAGACUGCAGGAGGCCGAGCUGGAGAAGCUGAAGAUGGCCGCCAAGCCCAUGCUCCCGCCCGCUGCCUUCGGCCUCUCCUUCCCGCUCGGCGGCCCUGCGGCCGUGGCGGCUGCGGCUGGUGCGUCGCUCUACGGCGCCUCCGGCCCGUUCCAGCGCGCCGCGUUGCCGGUGGCGCCCGUGGGACUCUACACAGCCCACGUGGGCUACAGCAUGUACCACCUGACAUAG